CGAAACGCAACCGGACAACCGGUCCGUCAACAUUCAUUCAGUUAAAGUUACCAAGUUACACGAUUCUCACGAAAGCAAACAGGUGUUUGUUAUUGUUUUACAUUUCAUUGUAUUAACGUGUUAAUACAGAUAACAUAAAACUUUUUAUACAAUAAUAUAAAGCACAGCUCAAUAUCCAUAAUAAAGUUCAAAAUUUUAUAACAAGUUAUUUUUUAACAAAGUGUAUCGAGACUACUUUCCCAUGUUAUCAAUUUUGCGGUGGUAAUGUGAACGAAUUGUCAAAAAUGAGACGAUUAUACUUUUAGAAAGUGCCUGUGUUUUAAGAAAAUUGGAGAAAUUUUGAAUAAUGACGACAGAUCGAUUUCAUAAAGCCGCCAAAGAUGGCAUGUUGGAGGUGUUGCGGGAGGCGACACGCAAGGAGUGCAACAACAAGGACGAGUCCGGGAUGACCCCCACUCUGUGGGCUGCGUUCGAAGGCCACAUCGAGGCGCUGAGGCUUCUCUGUGGGCGAGGCGGUGAACCAGACAAGGCGGAUUACUUCGGCAACACAGCCCUACACCUAGCUGCGGCGAGGGGACACAAAGAAUGCGUGAACUUCCUCAUCAACUUCGGCGCCAACGUAUGGGCGAUGGAUGUAGACGGUCACACGGCGCAGGAGUUAGCCGCCAUCAACGGCCGGGACGACAUUCUACGCUGUCUGGACCAGGCCACUGCCAAACUGGAGAAUAACGACAAGAAAAAAUCGAAGAGCCUCAAGGAGAAAGCGAAGAAAGACUACGAGAAAUCACAGAAACAGUACCAGAAGCGGCAAAGCAAAGCCGACAUCAUGGCCGAGAAGGAGUUCAAGAAGCUAGCCAAGGAGUGGGAGCAGGGCUACAACGAGGAGAUCGCCACCAUGCCGCACCGGCCCAGCAACGUGCUGCUGGCGCUCAAGCAGAAGAUGACUAGGUCCAAUAGCCAAGGCAAUUUACUGAGUGAUGAUCAGCCGAGGCCCACUUAUAGUGCUUUAGUUGGCACCGUCAACUCAGGAGUUAGGGGUCGCGGUGCUGUGUACAAGAAAGCCCUCGCCAGCAAACUGAAGAAUGGAACUGUGGGAAGAACUGGUCCUAAUGACGAUUUCAAGGUGGGCGAGGUGGAGGCGACGGGCCGUCGAUCAGUGACGUCACUGAGCGGCAUGCGGCGCGACUCGGAAGUGAUGUACGUGGGCACAUUCGGCGCGGGCCCGCAGCAGCGCGGCGCCGUGGCGCAAGUAUUCCCGGACCCGCCACACGCGCGCCCUCACCAGCCGCUUACCAGAUCAGCGAGCCAGCCCGACUUCACGGCGGCGGCUGAGGACAACGGCAUCGGCCAAGAGGUGCUGCUGCAGGAGCCCGCCAGCAUCUUCGACCGGCCCGGCUUCGGGAGCGUGGCGUUCAGGCGGUCUAUAACGGCGACAUUAAGUGCUUUACCAGUGGUUGGAGCAGGCGAAGACUUGUCGAUAGGAUCUGCUGGCUCGCUGGCUGCGAGACAUGCGUACCAACCCACCGAGUGGAAUUCUGCGCAUUCAGAAAGCUCAACGAUCACAUCGGAAGAGGAAGCCGAGCCGGAAGAGAGUGGAUUCUCUUCCUUAGAACGUUUCCUCACAGCGUGGGGCCUCGGACAAUACGUGCAGAAGUUCAAAGACGAACAAAUAGACCUGGAUGCUUUGAUGCUGCUCACUGAGAGCGAUAUGAAGACCUUGGGGCUACCCCUGGGUCCGUACAGGAAACUCGUUACGGCUGUCCAGGAGAGGAAGCAGGCUUUAUCCCACCCCGGACAUAUGAUAGACACGGCUAUAUAACAAGCCUAUAUGUUAAAUUAUCAGCAUUCCAUAACGAUCUACUAGCAGUAACAGUAUUCAUCAAAUUACUAUGGAAAGAUUAACGUGUGCUUUAUAUGGCAGACGAUACUGUAUAUAUGCAGCGAUAUACUUGCGCAAGUUUAGUAUACAUUUACGUGAGUUGGAAGAAUUUAGCGAAAACUUGAAUCUUAAAAAUCCGAUGUAGAACCAUAAGAUAGUAGAUUCUGUCUAUAGCUUAGAUUAAAUCAAAAUGGGAAGAUACGGCACGCUCAAACUAGCAUCAAAUAAAAUAUGAUCCGAUUCAACAUCAUAAGCAACUCUCAUAACAUGCACAUGCAACAUUUCAGAACAUUCAAUCGUGCGAGCGAAACGGCGGGUCCGCUCCCGAGUCCGUACGACUGAGCUGUAUUGUUGUCCUUUUUUUGAUAACAAAAUGGCGAUUACGUUAAUAACGACUAACCGUGAUUUUUGAGAAAAAAAAGUUUUUACAGUUCUUCGGAUAAAGUGUUGCCAAGGCACUUGUUAUUUGAUUUUGAACUAUUUGUGUUUCUAUAGCAAAGCAUCAAAGGCAUUGUUUUAUCUUUAUAACACAGAAUAUACGCAAUAUUAUUAUAUUCAGUGCACAUGUAGCGUGUUUGAAUGUCCAGUUGUGACUAAAGCGAAUUGUGGUCAUGCACCAUAAUUUAAGCGGAUCAUUUUGGAGCCGCGAUUGCUGUAUCUUACCUUUUUGUUUUAAUCUAAGGUCGAUAGUGUAUAUUUUCCAGUUUGUGAUUUGGAUUGAGUCAGAACUUUAGAUCUAGAUCGCGUUUCACUUGCAGAAAUCAGAAUCAAUUAGCUUUUCGAAUAGAAUACAUUUAAAAGGAAACAAAAAAAACGGAAAUCUUGUAAUUCAUUGCCACUUCAUAGUUAAUCAAUACAAUAAAUGUAAUGUCAUCGGGUUACUUUACUGGAGGUCCUAUUGUUAUUUCAAAAUAGUGUUCAUAUUAUGGAAAACCUUUUAGCAGGGACCGUAGAUUAUAACAAAAUAUAAGAUUGAAUGAGUAACUACUGUUCUUCAAUCUUAUAUAUUGGAAUCAGUACAUCGUGUGGAUUUUAAGUAUAAAUUAGUACUUUCACUUUUGCUAUAGGUAUAUGCUGCUUUCCAGUGUCAAUUAUUUAAAAUUGCAAUAUAAUUAAAAAUAAAGCAUAAGUUUUUGAUCUGCUAGCUAAUCUUAUUGGGAACAAAAAUGUUCUUUUGGGAGUACCUACCUAUUAAAUUUUCUCUUUUUAAGACGCAAAUUUAAAUGAUAGGUAACAACUUUUUGUAAAUGCUAAUGUGAUACAGGUCACAGUGUGUGUUAAAAAAAUAUUUAUAGUUUAACUCAACGUGUGAUAAUGUCAAUUCGUCCAUUCCAUCCAACAUUGUAUUAUUAUUAUGUACGUCCAGUGUCGCCAUAUUAUAUAUAUUUUUGUACAAAGAUUAUAUCAAUAUACUUUUUGUAUAUUUG